AUGCUUGUAAUUUCAAUUAUCUACUUGGUUUUAAUAACUAUUUUAUACUGUUUGUGUUUGUUUGUUUGUUUGUUUGAGCACAAGCUGGAAGCAGCUGCAGCUGCACGCCAGAUGUGCCCAGCCCGGCCUGUAACAGUUGGUGUUUGUGUCCCCAGGAGCUCUCUGGGUCAUGGAUCCAGCUUGCAUGGCAGGGGCACCACGUCCCUCCCUGGAUUUGAGAACCUCACCAUGGGGUACAACAAAUACCUGCGGCCCUACUUUGGUGGAGAGCCUGUACAAAUUGCAAUGAGUCUGGACAUUGCAAGUAUUUCUAGUAUAUCUGAGACUGACAUGGAUUUCACAGCCACCAUCUCCCUGCGGCAGCACUGGACGGACCCACGGCUGGUCUUCCACGGCAACAGGAGCUUCACGCUGGAUGCUCGCCUGGUGGAGCUGCUCUGGGUGCCAGACACCUACAUUGUGGAGUCAAAAAGGUCUUUCCUGCACGACGUCACCGUGGGCAACCGCCUCGUCAGGCUGUUCUCUAAUGGCACUGUCUUGUAUGCCUUAAGAAUCACUACUACUGUUGCCUGUAACAUGGACCUGUCAAAAUACCCUAUGGACACCCAAACAUGCCGGCUGCAGCUAGAAAGCUGGGGCUACGAUGAGAACGAUGUCACCUUCACCUGGCUGAGGGGGAACAGCUCCGUGCACGGCCUGGAGAAGCUGCGGCUCUCCCAGUACACGGUGCAGCGCUACCACACCCUGGUCUCCAGGUCACAGCAGGAGACAGGCAGUUACCCACGACUGAUAUUACAGUUUGAACUGAGAAGAAAUGUCCUUUACUUCAUAUUGGAGACCUAUGUGCCCUCCACUCUGCUUGUCAUGUUGUCCUGGGUUUCUUUUUGGAUCACACUGGACUCAGUGCCUGCAAGAACCUGCAUUGGAGUUACAACAGUGCUUUCUAUGACAACUCUGAUGAUCGGCUCACGAAGUUCACUUUCAAAAACCAACUGUUUCAUUAAGGCCAUUGACGUUUAUCUUGGCAUCUGCUUCAGCUUCAUCUUUGGUGCCCUUGUGGAAUAUGCAGUGGCUCACUACAGCUCCUCACAGAAAUGUGCAGCUAAAGUACCAAAAGAGGGGCCUGCAAAUGAAGUGACUGAAGAAAUGGAAGAAGUUAACAUCACCAACAUCCUCAAAAAUUCCAUCACCAGCUAUAAACAAAAAAUCAGCUUCACAAGCAUUGAGAUUUCCAGUGAUAAUGUUAACUGCAGUGACUUGACCAUGAAAAAUCAUGAGAAAAUCAAAUGUGUCUUGAGGAACAAAAUGCACAGGAUCAUUGGUUAUUUCACAAUUCAGAACCCUGGCAAUGUGGACCACUACUCCAGAUUGCUUUUCCCUUUGUUUUUCAUGGUGGUCAAUGUGUUUUACUGGGCUUAUUAUCUAUAUUUUUAGUAGAAAUUAGUUGCUUCAUUCUCCUACUUCAGCAGGAAAGGAAUCGUGCCAGUGGGCAUCCGGGUACCUAACCUCAGUAAAUUCAAUGUGGACAAAAAGCUUCUUUGUGUUUCCUGAGGUACCCAGCAGAAGUGUGUGAGGUGUGCAUGCAUCAGCAGCACUGACUCUGACAGCAGCUCUUCAGCUGUGGCUGUGCUGGGCUCUUCUGCUCACAGCUGCAUUUCAGACCACACCUCACCUGGCUGGAGAUGGGUGUGCAGGACUGCACUGGCAGUGCAGAGCACUACAGGUGGCAGAAUUAUUUUGGUAGCUUGGAGCAGGUUGGAACCUUCAAGAUGAGAUGUCCCAGAGGAUGAAUAGGAUCAUGACUGUUUUUCUUUGUUUGCCAGAGAGAACAGAGGGACUGUGAUUGCCUCCUCAAUAGCUGCUCUGUUGCAGUGAGAGCCCUGAGGCAGCAGCAGGAGCUCAGUGCAGUGCAGCACAGUGGGAUGCUUCUGUGCAUGGUGCUGCUUUGUCCUGGGUGGUGCAGGGCCAGGAUGGUGAUUCAGUACUGCACAGUGGUGCCUCACUGCUUUUAGCCUGUAACCCACUGAGGUAACCCUCACUUGCUGAAGUUCUCCAUCCCUGAGACAGAUGGAAGGUUGUUGUUUGUUGAGCUGCACUCUUUCAGAGAUUUGGGAACAUGAAAUAGAGGCAACAAAAUAAUUUUGAAACCCAUCUCUUAUACUCUUCCUGCUGCACUGCACAUGAACAGAUUCUACCACUUUCCAUGUCUUCCUCACAAAUUAUUUUCUGUCCUGGAGAAUGCUUCCUUCGGCCUUCACUGCUGCAAGCAGCUCUCACUCAUUGGCAGCCACAGGCACAAGCAGCCAUUUGUCAUCCCCUCCUUUACAUGGCUGUGCAGCUGUGGCAAGCCAGCAGUGCUGCUGGGUGUGGAACGUGCAUGGGUUUGGGGCAGGCUAGUCUAAAUCACCCUUUCACUCUCUCACUUUCACUUUUAGGCUGAAACACUGUUACUUUUUUGAGAAAAAUCAUAUUCUAUGCGGGCUCUGGAAACUACCUGAAGUCAGCUUUAUUUAUCCUGCAAUCAGCAGAAGCCAAAGUUUUCUUUUAAAGAUAAAUGAAAUGCGGCCACACAGUUACAUUAAAAAACCAAAUGCUAUUUGGUACUGUGUAGCUUAAGAAUACUGGAAGUCUUUAUUUGCUGUUUGUAAAAUGAACGUUUUAUGGCAGACUCCCCCACCUGGCAGCCUUUUUUGGUCUGUGCUGCUUUCAUCCCUGAGAGGGGGCAAUGCUGCAGGUCUGUGGGCAGAGUUGGGACUGCCUGCAGUGGCUCCACUCAGCAGAGCUCUGGCUGGGGGAGGCCUCUCAGUUUGUAGCUUGUGUUAGAGCCUCAGCAUGCAGUGUUUGCUUAGCUUAAGGAUCUCUUCUUGGGGGUUCCUAGAGAAGGUGAACAGAGCACAUGAGACUAUAGAUUUUUUUUACUUUAAUAACUUUUUAUUGAACCACUUCACCACACUGUACUUUGAGAGGUCUAACCCACAUAUUCAUAAAUCAUCACUUUAACAAAGAGCAGCGCAAGAAGACAGAGGGGAACAGGCUGACAAUGGCAAGUGGAUAAACAC